UGAAGAGAAAUCAAUAAUUUUCCUUGUGCGCCGUGCAUCCUCCACCUAAUUUAAGAGAUUUCAUGUUAAACACCCACAUACCUUAGUUUCCCUCACCUCCUCCCGAACGAAAAUGCGUGUGAGAAAAAUUGCAUCACUCUCUACCUGAACCGAAUUUUUUUGUUGGGAAACAAAAAUGCUUCUACUAGGAAUUUUUUUGUGUUAUUUAGGGCACAAAACCGUGCAUGCGAUAGAUUGUUUCAAAUGCAUAUCGAUGAACAAUGAUUACCCCCCAUGUGAAGAUCCCUUCCAUAAUAAUUUCACGGUGGAUAUUUACGAAUCGCCCUGUAUGGGUGGGAGGAGGGGCAGAGAUGGGGUUUUUCCUGCUACUUCUUGUGUCAAAAUAACAGGAACUUUUGAGGGCAGUGAUGAAACCAUCAUGAUAAGAGGAUGUGCCUUGGAUAGUGGGACCCUUACCACAGACACAGAGCUUGUACGAAUGUCACAUUGUGGUGCAUUUUACUACGAUAACAGAUACGUCCAUGGAUGUGUUCAAACAUGCAACGACGCCGAUGCUUGCAACGACUCCUUUAAACUCCGUUCCAGUUUUGAAAUAACAGCCUCCUUUGCUAUAGUUUUUUCAGCAAUAAUGGCAAUUUAUUGAAUUCCGUUAGGAGUAUACUUCCGAUGAAGAUGCCUUAAAUGAAAAUUUGAUAUUUGUUUGUAUGAAAUCAUAUAUUGCAAAUAUCUUUGAAGAAUGUUAAUCGUGGACCAGAGUAACAAAUAAUGUUCUUUUGUUUUCAAUUCGGCCGGUUGAUGAAAAUAACAUAUCAUUGAGAAGAUAUCAGUUUUUAUAAAAUGAAAAAAUUAUCAAGUUUGCUCAAUUCUUGUUGAAGAGUUUAUAAUAAAAUGUUAUUAAAUUUGUCCAGAAAGAAAGUUCAAGAUGUUGAAAAAAUCAGUUUCAAUAGUUUUACUAUGACAACUUUAAAAAAUUGCUUUGUAGAAAGCAAGUGGGGCAACUUGUUUCAAAUGAGCUUUUUACCUCAGUUUGUAGAAAUUCCGCAAAAAUUGUCAAACUUUUGUAUUCGAAUAUUUACGUAUGUAGAUCACAUAGAUGUGUGAACAAUAAGUAGAGGAAUUGAUUAAAAUACCAUAUAUUAAGGAAACAUAUAAAUCGAAUUUACGAUUCUGAGAACUUC